AUGUCUUGCCAGGGCACCUACGGAUACUACUGCGACAGUCGUGUAAAACUGAAAAGAGACUCAAGCAGGAACAAGGACUCACUGCCCAUCUGCGAAGAGUUCUGUGAAUGCAUUAACCUCAAUCCAGCUCCAAAAAUGCUCCCAAUCUGCGCUGUAGACUAUACGGGCAAGAGCUACUGCACUUCGGGAAACAAGAACGCUCGAAGAGAUCUGGCCAUCCCCUCCGAUUCCGACAUCGCACUAGUUGGUAACGACUUCGCCUUGGUCUGCUUUCGCGACAAGGUCUUCACUGUCACUUGCCAGGGAACCUACGGCUAUUACUGUGACGCUCGUGGAAGUCUCAAGCGGGAUUCAAGCGCAGGCCAAGAGAAAGCCAGAGUUUGCGAGCGAAUGGGCAAGGGCUGGAAAAGAGAUUUGGCCAUUCCCGCCAAUUCCGACGUGGCAUUGUAUUUCGGCAACAAUUAUGCCAUGGUUUGCAUGAUGGAUCGGGAGAAGACCACUCUGUGUCAGAAGACUCAUGGAUAUUUCUGUAAUAGCAAAGGCAAACUACAGAGAGAGGCAACCCAGGGUCAAAAGCCUCUGCAGGUAUGUGAAUGGUACUGCGAGUGCGUCAAUCUCAACCCGGCCCCGAAGAUUCCACAAUGUUACGUGGACUACACUGGGAAGAGUUACUGUGUGUAA